CAUGCUUCGCAUGGCCUUGCCAAUGUGAAGUAUCCCACGAACCCGCCAACUUAUUUUCAUUCCAUUGCUGGCAAAAGUAUAAUAAGUUCGUUCGUGAGAGCAAUUAGAGAGGCACUCCGAUUUGCGCGUACAGCGGAUAAACGAGAUACAGGGUCUUUCCCACGAUCCAUCUAUAUUAUAUAUUGCCCUCCAAGAACAAGGCAGAUCUACACCAUGCCGAUCGUAUAUAUAGGCCUGCCGGGAACGCUCUUGCGCCCAUCAAACAUCCACCCUGGGCAGCAUUCCAUCGACAACCAUUUUCCAUCGGCAACAGAGAAUCAACCACCUAAUAUGCUUCCCUACUUCCUGCCCGCUCUAUUUCUCCUCCCCAGUGCCCUCAGUGCACCAGUGAUCAACGCCGCCGCAGCGACCGUCGGCAAGAUCCGCGGCGUGCGAGAUCCCAUCUACCAUCUCUACCUUCAAGCAAAUGCGAAAAACCAAACCAUACCCGUCCUCGGCCCUGAAGCCUCUGCCGAAGAAUUCACCAUCGGGUCGACCAUCCAGAGCAAGAAAACCAGUCAGUACCUGAAUAUCGUAUCUGCGAGCACGAGUUAUAAGCCUGUCGUUUUCGGACCGACGGGCGAGACGACGGCUUGGGGGUUGGAGGGGGACACAAUCAUUACGACGCAGGGGAGCAGUUUUGGCAGACAGUUGAACUGGCUGGUAUGCAAAUCCACCGAUUCGGGCUACUACGACCUCUACUUGCAAACUGGGAGCCAAACACCAAGUGGACGAUCCUGCAGUAAUUACCAGACGAUUCAUCUCCCAUGCUUGUGUUAGGCUGUUGCGAAACGACUUUAUGUGCAUAUGGCAAUGGAUGUUGGAACAGGGUUGAGAUUCGCCGAACCGUGGCACGCGAAUAACAGACCGGUAUGGAGACUUGGAGUUCAGAGCUCAUUCGACAAUGUGCGACCUUUGGG